AUGCAGCUCAUAUUUCUGGCAAUUGUAAUUGCUAUCAAUGAAUUUUUGUCUUCGAAAAUUUAUACUGAAGACUUCCUGGCAGAAGGCUUGCAGAAUGAGAACCUUAGUCCUGGGGCACAGGAUCAGAGAGACCACAUUCUCCGGGGUUUCCAGCAAAUCAAGUCCAGGUACUGUUGGGAUUUUCAGCCCCCAGGAGGGGAUCUUGGCCAGGACGGCUCUGACGACACUCUGAGUGGGACUCACGGCCUACCCCUUGCAUCAGAUUAUCAGGACGAGGGAAUAGAAGACAUCUUAAGAGGGGCUCAAGAGCUGGAUAACGUCAUCAAGCAAGGAUACUUGGAGAAAAAAAGCAAAGAUCAUAGCUUCUUUGGGUCGGAGUGGCAGAAGCGAUGGUGUGUCAUCAGCAGAGGGCUCUUCCUCUACUAUGCUAAUGAGAAAAGCAAGCAGCCCAAAGGGACCUUCCUCAUUAAAGGCUACAAUGUCCGGAUGGCCCCUCACCUGCGAAAAGAUUCCAAGAAAGAAUCCUGCUUUGAACUAACCUCGCAGGAUAGGCGCAGCUAUGAGUUUACAGCUUUUAGUCCAGCUGAAGCCAGAGACUGGGUGGAUCAAAUAAGUUUCUUGUUAAAAGAUCUGAGCUCCUUAACCAUCCCCUUUGAAGAGGAGGAGGAGGAAGAGGAGGAAGAGAAGAAAGAAGAGGAAGAAAUGUACAAUGACAUCGAUGGCUUUGACUGCCCAAGGUCUGGUUCCCAGUGCAGAGCCGUGGCCUUGCCUGAGCCUACAGACAAUGAGGAGGACAUUUAUGAAGUCCUACCAGAUGAAGAUGAUCUAGAAGAGGAUUCGUGUGGCGCUCAUCGGCGACGAGUGGACUAUGCCGAUUAUUACCAGGGCCUAUGGGAUUGCCAUGGUGACCAGCCAGAUGAACUGUCCUUCCAGCGGGGUGACCUCAUCCGCAUUCUGAGCAAGGAGUAUAACAUGUAUGGCUGGUGGGUAGGAGAACUGAACAGCGUCAUCGGGAUUGUUCCAAAGGACUAUCUCACCACCGCCUUUGAAACGGAAGGAAGAUGA